AGGUUGAUCAAACUUCCGUUUGAAAGUACUGUACUAUGAAUAGACGCAAAAUUAAAAUUUUGCAUUGUCGUGUUUUUCAAAACUCACUGUGAAUGAGCUCAUUUCAAAGGUUUCUCGAAUCACCGUUGGUGAGGAAUUCCGGAACUCCUUAACCCAUGAAUCGUGAAAGAUGAUGGAUGUGAUCGAAGUACAAGAGGAAACUCCGCUCACGGACUCUGUGAAUCUCACACUGAAUGUCCCUUCGGAUCAGGCCAUAGGAAGAAGAGUAGUCGCAGAACUCGCGUCUGCGGUCCGAUCUCUUCUUCGACGUCAUGAUUCUUUCGAUGGUGACGAUGACGGGUAUACGUUAGGUACUGGCGUUCUACGUCUGGGUAACGACGAAGAUACAUCGAAGCUGUGUUCAGCAUUGGAGGCGCUCUUCUUGCACGGAUUGAAAAGUGGACUGAUGACGCAGUUGUCCUGGUUGUUUGCUAAAGCGGCUUCCGGAGCUGAUACUCCUACACCUUGUUUUUGGGACCUACUCUUAGCGCAUUCACACAGGGAUCUUGUUAAAGAGGUGUCGUCUUUGAAUCAAAUUCGGACGGACGUUGGUCGUUGUCGUGCCUGGAUUCGUCUGACGUUGAAUCAAGCGACGCUGCACAGUUACUGGGACGCGAUAGCUCGUGAUGGAAAGGUUCUUCGGAUGCACUAUCUUCCACACGCUGUUCUCCGUGAUGCUGACGCGCCUGAUAUCGUUUCCCGUUACCUUCGCGCCGUGGACAAACUGAGGUUCAACGUUGCCCCGAAUUCUUCGCUGUUGAAUCAAUGGACUCCUGCCCCGUUGGUGCUUAGCGGUUGGGCUCCUGCUCCUCCGACACCACUUGCGCCCGGAGUUGAUGUUGCCGCUGAACCCGACUUGGUUGGGAAAGCGGAGAGUAUUGUUUCGAGGAAGAAACGUGACGAAGUGAAGGGAAAGAAAGAAGAGAAACCCAGGGAAGCAAUAAGAUCCUGUCCUGUACCCUUGAAGAUUUACGACGGGACGAGCAUUGAUGCCGAUUUGGAGUCACGGGUCGCGCAGCAAUGGGCUGAAGCGGACUUGAACCGACCAUCGGAACAGGAAUCAUGUACCAAAACCUCCUCGUCAACAAUUGAUAUAAAUCCGCGCGUUUGUGCUUCGUCAUUCGAAACUGUUGGCGAAUACGAUCAAGUUUCCCGUUCGGAAAUGUGUCGAAGUAUGUCUUCUUCCGCCGCCUCUUCGCGGACGAGUGCAGUGAUGGUGUCACACGUGUCAAUGUUCCCCGGAAUCAAGCACGUCAUGGACGAGUCUUACGACAGCAUCGUGCAAGACUAUUCUCGCACCGUCGUGUCCAUGAGACCUGCAUCGAUAAUGGGCACUCCCGAAUUUCGCGAGUUGCUCAGUCCCUCGAUUGCAAUCGGGCCUCCGAGUCGAGAAUCUCCUGUGGAGGAUGUUCCGGUGAUUCCUACGACUGGAUCAUCGCCUGAGGACGAGGAUGGAUGGGAGGUUGUGAAGGAUGAAGGAGUUGGUGAGCUGGGGCUUGUUAAGAUUCCUCGUGAGGAAGAUCUGAGUGGUGAUGUGGAAUGCUCUCCAGAAUAUUACAUGAAACGAAUGGGCGUGAUCUGCCCGGAAUCUGGUCUGGAUAAGGAGAAUUUUCAAUGCAAAGCAUGUCGCCGACCGGUGGGCAUGAUUUAUGGAAAAGAGAGAUUGUGCAAGAUGGAUGGAAGGUACUACUGUUACGAGUGCCAUGAAGGGGCGACUGCAGUUAUACCUGCCAGAGUUAUUCACAAUUGGGAUUUUAAUCAGUAUCCGGUGUCCAACAAUGCUCUGGAGUUCCUGCGAGAUGUGAAUAGCCGACCGGUGAUAGACCUCAAAGUGUUGAAUCCGUUGUUGUAUCUCGCCUUUCCAGAUGUUGAAGCCGUGAGGAUUUUGCGGAUCCAAUUGAGCUACAUCCGACUGUACCUCUUCUCUUGCCGAGACUCUUAUAUUGCCCAGCAGUUCAGAAGCAAGCUGUGGCCGAGGGAUCAUCUUUAUGAGCACAUCAACUUAUACUCCGUUUUUGACUUGACUCAAAUAUAUCACGGACAACUGCAACCCAUUCUCAAGAAAGCUCUUGCAUUUGGCGAGCAGCACGUUAAAAAUUGUGACUUAUGCCGUACCAAAGGAUUCAUAUUUUACGUGACCCGUUACUUUCUGGCGAAAGCCAUAUUCUGUGAUGUAACCAUGGUUGUCAGAAGUAAAAAGCGCAAGAAUCAAAACAAUAUAACGAGUUGCAAUUCUCCACUGAUUCAGCUAAACGAUAAUCCCACAGUCUGUGUGACUGAUGCGCAUUCCCCGGAAGCAGAAUUUCAGCGCCCUGCCAAAUCCGGAGGCAACAAGUUGAAUGCUUCCAAAACUGAUGAAGUCCCAGUCGAUGAAGACGGUCCUUGGCUUUACAGCACCAGAAGCAAGAAGACUAAAAACCUUUUCAAAAAUUCGAAAGUUGAGUCUUGUGAUGGAGACCAUGUCUGCCACGAGAAAGUUCACUCGUCUCAGACGAGUCCUGUGGUGAUCAAAAGAGCUAUCAGUUCUGUGCACCCCUUGCGAUGUAUCGCGCCACCGAAGGUUCUUGAAAAGCUUGGAAAUGUCUCGAGGAAUCAUACUUUCAUUAGCAGUAUAUUGAAGAAACCCGCGGAAAUAUCCAUGACUUAUGCCGAGGUUUGCAGAGGUAUCAAGGGAUCACAAUCCGCGAUCGCUGUUACGAAUGCAGGAAACGAGGAUGUGGCGGCUGAAAAUCAAGUUGAACCGGAAGUGAAUGCGUCCACUCAAAUUUACGAAGUUACUCAGAUAGUCUCCAGUGAUACAGAUCAAGUUUCCGCCGAAGAGCGUCUGAGUGACCCUUUUAAUGUGGAAGAAGUUCCUCAUUCUGUUUCCGAUGACUACCUGAGACCCGUUGAAGAACUAGAGUCUUACGAGACGUUUGCAGCUGCAGCAGAAAGUCCGCUGAGAAGGACCCCUGACAAAGCGUUAGACGUUGAAGAUGGAACUCCGAACGAAGAUGACAUCGUGGAAGAUGAAGACUUCGCUUGUAUAGAGACUGAGGAGCUAGAUCAUCCCUGCAUAGCUAAUAACCAAGUCGCGUCUACUUUGCGUGAAGCCUUCAUCAAUGUAACCCAUGUGGAGGCAUCAUUUACUACCCAACAAUCUAACCAGGAAUUCAGUUUGCCUCAACACAUGGACGUGCGUUGGAUGCAAAGUCUAGAUCCGGUUUUCGAACCCGCUUCCACCUGGGGUACUUCGCCUCAAGACAAAAUCCCGGAAACGGAAGACUUCAACAACUCGCUUGAUGAGCCAGCGACUUUUCUAUACUCUGCUCCGUAUCCGGUUUGGGGAACUUUCUCUCACGAUUUGAUGGAAAACCCAAGAAGAAAUGAAAACGCUGCAAAACGUUCGUUCAGCAAGCCGUACCAGGCGCCGAGACAUCGACGCCAGCCGAAAGAGAAUUCGGUGGGAUGGAACCGACACGAGGGCUGCGACGCGUCGACUUCGACAGGGCAGCAACAAUGGAAUUGUGGCGAGAAUAAGUUUAAUUUGUCUUCGCUGAAUCCCGAGCUUCAAGCUGUGCCGACUGUUUGCCCACCCGGCGGUGCCAUCGUCUAUUUGAAGGCCGGAAACAUAGCGGAUGUUUUGGCGUUGCCCACGAACCUUUUCCGGUGCCAAUGCGGAAAGGAUGGUUGCAAUCGAACUUUCCAGCUAAUAGACACGAGCUUGCUGACCCACUCUAAAGCUGUCCAAGCACACAGUUACAUAGCUUUCGGAGACAAGAAAGACGCUCGUGAAGUUGUGCGCCGACUGGGCGGCAGAGGCUGUCACAUUCGCUUGCUUGAAGAACCUGAAUUGGAUGACACUAAGAUCUACGUGGCAAAUUUGCCGCCCAGUGUGACCGAGAAAGAGAUUAGCUAUGUGCUGAAAGACGUGGGCUUGGUGUCUUCUGUGAAAAUUUUGCGCGAUUCGAACGGAGUGAACCGCGGAGUAGGGUUUAUCAGAAUGUCCACGGAGGAUCAGGCUGUGGGUGCGAUUCAGUUUUUGCACGAUCGGGAGCUCAUUGGCUGUGAUCUGCCCUUGCAAGCGCGGUUGGCGUACAAGUACAGCAAGAAAGUGCAAAUCGAACGGGCUUUGAAAACUGCCGUUGGAAUCACCCAACCAGAAAACUGCUUAGAUGCCAAAGAACAGACGAGGCCGCCGCCCGAGCCUCAGAAAGCAUUAUGGAGAAGUAAACCGGGUAAUUGGCGAGGCCACUCUCCGAUUCAAGUGGUCCGGAGCGCGAAGUCCAUGAACAAUGCCCGGGGUCGACACUAUCCCCUUUCUAAUUUACCUUUACGCGAUGACGAGUAUGAACUGGCUUACCCGCCGAUCGACGCGAAUCCUCGGCGAACUUUUAACAAAGACCCGGAGACUGCGUUGCACCAAUUGGUGCCGUGUGGGAAACCGACCGGCUUUUACCAGCGUCGGACCUUUUGUCACAAGCCGCAAAAAUGAUACGAAAAAAAAAAUCCCCGGUCUCGUUGAUUUUUUCUAACUAUAAUUCGGAAUAGAUGCGUCGCUCUUGAUGGGUCGUUAAUCGCUUUUUUUUCCUACCCCUGAUGGUAUCAAUACAUUUGAGAUUCGUGCUUGAUGGCACACUUGAUUA